CAGCUGGGCAUGUGACCUUCCUGUGGUGUUGUUGUUUGUGGUUAGUGCGAAAGAGUGAGUGUCUGUCGGUUGUAAACACACGGGUAUAUGUGCUGUGAAGACGUGACUUUAAAAAAUUAAAAUAAGAUUGUUAAAGAAUCUGCGCUAAGAUGUCUGUCCAGGAUUCGUCGCCGGCUUCGAGGGUGCGAGAGAUUCCAACAAGAAGGGUUUUAUUGAAUGAUAUAUCUCAGCUCCCUGGCGACUACUGCACUACUCCCGGAGGAACUCUUUUCUCCACGACGCCUGGAGGAACGAGAAUUGUGUAUGAAAGGAGUUUCCUACUAAAGUGUCGCAACUCGCCACUUACAAAGAGUCCUCCAACCAACAUGGCCAAAAUACCUGGCAUAACUACGAUGGGGGAAGUUGAGAUAGCAAAGGAAAAUGGCCUGAAAACUGUAGAUGAGAAAGAGAAGGCAGCUAACACACUGCCUGCAGAAGACCAGCCGCAGUUUGAGAUGGACAUCUAGAGUGGGAAUUAUUCAUAAUGCCUUUCAUUGUAUUCUUCCUGUCAGGCUUGUGUGUAUCAGAGUGCAGUGGUAAAACACAGCCUAUUAUUUGAUACAGUAACCUUGAACUUGCUGUCCUGUACCCAGGAAACCUCUAUAAAAUGCCAAGUUACCCAGGUGGCUAGCGGCUAAUUCAUAGGAUGGCACAUGCCUCUCUGUGAGAAAUAUUCAUCAGCUGAAUCAGAACUUUUGUACCUGACAUGGCCAUGCAAUUCUUGUGAUGUGGAGGAGACUCAGUACUGCAUAAAGUUGGGUUGUUGUUGUUUUUUGGGUUUUUUAAUGAUAUGGGGAUUUUUUUGGUUGGUGUACAUACAGAUUGCUUGUUAUGUUUUAUUGUUAAAAGUGAAACAUUGAGAAAAGCUCAUGUGGUUUUCUGAAUCCUGAAGUUGUACAUAUGUUUUUAUUGGUGCAAACACUGCUAACAUUCUUUUUUUUUUUUACAAGGUGGGGGGAGAUAAUUUAUCUCAGAAUUUAAUGUGCUUCUGAAUACAUCAUCAUCCCCUCUGUCAAAGACAUUUGUUAUAGAAAAUAGCAGUUCAUGUGUGUAAUCAAAUUAUAUAUGUUUUUCAUUAAACUUUUGUAAAAUUCCAAGUCCAGUUAUUAGCUAUUUGUAAAAUAGGUUUUUGCUAACCCAGUUCUUUUACAUUGUACUUUAAUAUGUAUGUAUGUAGUAUUGGAUGAUCUUUCAGUGUUAAAAUAUCAGAUGCUUAAUGAACACAAUGGGAACAGUAGUAUGCAUGCUGUGAUUGACUGCACACAGGCUCAUAGUGUAUGAUUCUAGGUCACCUGAGCUGAAGGCUGAACAGACCUGUUGCAAUCUCUCUUCAUCUGCCAUCAUCUGUUGUGCAUCGCACAUAGUGCACAAACUAAACUUUUCAACUUUUCCAAAACUAUUUGACUAAUUCCAACCAAAUUUUGUGAGAAGUGUCCUUGGUACAUGGAGAAACAAAUUUGUGAAUUUUGGUCAUUGUGACACACACACACACACAUCCCAGGGGCUCAAGGGUGAGUCCCAAAAGGGAAAAAAAAAAAAAAAAUGUUGCAACUUAUAAUUUUAAAAUGUAACAGUUCUCUACAUAAGUAAUUGAUGGUUUCAGUAAAAUAUUGUACCUGAUACUAUUGUAUAAAUGUGUUUGCUUAACACAGGAUUGUUGACACAUUUUAAAAUGGCUGUGUCUUUGAAACAGACAUGAAUGUGUCCAUGGCUAUACUUAGCCUACAAUAACUUAGAAUCAGUGAAACAAGAAGAAGAGAAGAAUAAGGGCACACGAACAGUUUCAUUCUCAGCUGGGCUGGGGUGGGUGGGUGGGUGUUACAAAUGCACCCACUAGAUUUUGAUUUGGCGACCUUUUUGGAAUAUUUUGUCCAUUCAGGUUAGAUUAUUUAUAUUUAAAGCUUGUUGCACUUAGUAACCAAUUUCUUCAAUAUGUGGCAAAUUUUUAAAAACUUUAUUCGCCUCAAAAAACUUAUUGUUUUUCAAUUGCUGUAUUAAAAACCGGAUUUGUUUUCAAUCAUAUUUUCUGAAGCAUUUAUUGACUGAGACAUUUUCAACUUUUCAAGUUCCACCAGUCAGAUUUCAAACAGAUGUAUUCCAAAUGAUCCUCUCGUGUCUUUCACCAAGUGUUGCUAUAUUUGAGGCCAAUUCAAAAUCCAUGAGUGGCGGUCUGGCCUCCGAUUGAUAGACAUGUUUUACUUCAAUUUGCUGUGUUAAUGUCAAAUUAGUGGUCAUCAGAUUACCAUCUGUGAUAAAGCAUUACCAUGUUUCACUUUCAGGGGUAUAGUUAGUUUAAUACUAGGUGAGCGAUUCUGACCCCAUGGGCCUCUUGUUGACAGUAUGGUAUUUAAAAGAAUUGAAAUAAAGUUUAAAAUGUCAA